AUGGCUCCCGCCGCUGCUGAGAGCGCCUCACCGAUUGGCAUUGCCAAUCUGCCCAACCAGCGACACAAGAUUGUCGCCAAGCGUGGAGCGAGCUUCACCAUCAUGGUUGCUGGCGAGUCUGGUCUGGGCAAGACGACCUUCAUCAACACCCUCUUCUCCACGACCAUCAAGAACUACGCCGAUCACAAGCGCAGGCACCAGAAGCAGGUCGACAAGACGGUCGAGAUUGAGAUCACCAAGGCCGAGCUCGAGGAGAAAUUCUUCAAGGUUCGAUUGACCGUCAUCGAUACUCCUGGAUUCGGUGACUAUGUCAACAACCGCGACUCCUGGCAGCCCAUCAUCGAGUUCCUCGACGACCAGCACGAGUCUUACAUGCUCCAGGAGCAGCAGCCGCGCCGCCAGGACAAGAUUGACCUCCGUGUCCACGCCUGCCUGUACUUCAUCCGCCCUACCGGCCACACCUUGAAGCCCCUGGACAUCGAGGUCAUGAAGCGCCUCUGCUCACGGGUCAAUCUGAUCCCCGUCAUUGCCAAGGCUGAUACUCUCAGCCCGGCCGAUCUUGCCAAGUUCAAGCAGAGGAUUGUCAGCGUCAUCGAGGCCCAGAACAUCAAGAUCUACCAGCCCCCUAUCGAGGAGGAUGACGAGGCUGCCGCCCAGCACGCGCGUAGCCUUAUGGCCGCUAUGCCGUUUGCCGUCAUCGGCUCCGAGAAGGACGUCAAGACCAGCGAUGGCCGCAUCGUCAAGGGCCGUCAGUACUCGUGGGGUGUUGCCGAGGUCGAGAACGAGGAACACUGUGACUUCAAGAAGGUGCGAUCCAUCUUGAUCCGCACCCACAUGCUUGACCUCAUCCACACCACCGAGGAGCAGCACUACGAAGCCUACCGAGCACAGCAGAUGGAGACGCGCAAGUUCGGCGAGGCCCGCCCCCGGAAGCUCGACAACCCCAAGUUCAAGGAGGAGGAGGAGGCUCUGCGGAAGCGGUUCACUGAGCAGGUCAAGGUCGAGGAGCAGCGCUUCCGACAAUGGGAACAGAAGCUCAUUGCUGAGCGCGAUCGUCUCAAUAAGGAUCUCGAGCAGACCCACGCCCAGAUCAAGCAGCUGGAGAACGAGCUGGAGGCCAUGCAGGGGGGCGCCGUCCGAAGCCACGGCCGCCGAUAA